AGUGCUGUUAUCAUUUCAAACAUUUAGUGUUCGAACAAAAAAGAUAACUGCCAGACGGAGUGCGGUGCUUCGAGCUGUGCAGCGUGGAUCAGCAGGAUGGCUAAGAAGGAGUUCCACAAGGUGUACAAUGCGCAGAGCAGGCACAGUCGUAUGCCCACACAGACACAGAUCCUGAUGGGCACGAUGGGGCUGGCGGCGUUAUUGCUACUAUUAGAGCUGUCCAUGCUGCGUGGAAGCGGCAUCCCCGACGACUACCUCCACACGGAGACGGAGGAGGGCAAGAGCUUCUACCCAGACGAGAUCUUGGAGUCUAAAUGGGCGGACAAGGCCAGCGAGGCUGACCUAGUGCACCUCAGUCUGCUUCACGAAGCCUGUCUCACUUACAAGGACAGCGUCGUGCCGUGGACCUACGGGCUCGAAGGCAAGGUGGCCAAGCCAAGUGUAUUAAUCGACAAGGACGACCCGGAUCUGCUCGAGAAGAUACGUCAGUGCCCCGAUGUGGACAUUUUCCUGCCGCUGGGCAUUCGAGGACAUGGAUACUGCGAAGAUUCCAUCGCCUACACGAAAUUUUUAGAGUCACGCAUGCUGCCAGCGUGGGCAAUCGAGAUGAAAUAUGUGGACAAGAAGACGGGAGAGACGUUCUCGUACCAUGAUUUGUGUCCAAAGACUCCUAUGAUUUUCUUGAACCACUACUGGGAUGGCAUCCCUGACUCACCGGACUGGCCAAAGUCCAAACCGUUGUAUCUGAUGCCGAAUAUUGAGAUGUACGAGCUCAAAGCGGAGCACUACUGGGGAGUGGAUGUUGUUCUGUGCAAGACAGCUAUCUGUGCGCGUCGGGUACAGAUGUGGUACCAGCAAGAAGGCAACCCGCGCAAUACGAAAGUGCUGUAUACAAGACAUACAUCAUCAGACGUCGCAACUUUGGCCAGAACGCGUCUUGGACACGACUCGAUCAAACCGAAAAACUGGUCGGACGUUCAGUUUAUUCAUGCAGUCGGCACCAGUGUGCAAAAAGGAACCAAACCUGUGUUGAACUGCUGGCUGACACGUCCUGAUUUCCCGCCAUUGCAUGUGUACAUGCACGAAGAUGUGUACAAUGGCAACCUGAAGAACCACUACGAGAAGAGGAUCCGAGGCACUCAAGUGAACAUGCACGUCGGUCGAGCCAGUGCUGAUGAAUUCGGUAAAAUGAUUGCCGAGAGCGCCUUCUUCAUGUGCACGAGUCUUCAGGAAGGCUACGGCCACUACAUCAACCAGGCGCGUGCCAGCGGCGCGGUUAUUAUAUCGACCGACUUGCCGCCUAUGAACGAGUUUUUAACUCCCGAGUCUGGUGUGUUAAUUCCGGUGAAACGCUGGGCUUUUCAAGAGCAGAUGCUUGGUGGGAGGUACAAUGGAGAACACGGUUUGAAGGACGUCGAGGGUUUCACAGCGGAUCUAGAUGGCGUUGGAGUAUGCAAAGCUGUUGAAAAGGUGCUAUCAAUGACCCCCACUGAGCGCGAGGCAAUGGCAGCGCGAGCCAAGAAACAAUACUUUAUCGACCUAAACUUUUUCGCAUCCAAGAUGAAGGAGCUGCGAGAGAUUGCACGCCGUGGCGAGGCACCUCGACUCCGCACAGGCGAGGAAGACACUGUUUAGCUCGGAGUGGACAGAAGAAGGAUGAAUGUAAAGAUCCCGCAGACGCUAUGACGGCGCGGAGGAAAGUUAGAGGGUGGUGAUCCAGCAAGAAAAUAUGUUUCCACAGCUAACGGCGCUGCAAGCUAAAUACUACAUGUACUUCGUACUACUUGACGUGCAUUGAGGUCUAGACUCGGCAAGCUGCCAAGAUACAAUAAACUCGUGUGCAAAGUACUUGCUGCUGCUUGCUAUAGGAUCAUGGAUAUAUACUCUGUAAUUUAUCUGUCGACGAAAUGGCGCACUUCGACAAGUUCGUCUUUUUCUACCC